AUGGAGCAUACUAUUAAUAACGGUAGCAAUGAGAUGAUGAGAGACGGUAGCUUUUGGAAUGACAGCAUGUGGGAUGACAGUCUGAUGGAUGGAAGUGGGAGUGUCAUUGAGAUGGACAUGUCUGCCAUGUCUGCCAUGUCUGCCAUUAAUAGUACUAUUACUAGUAAUAGUACUAGUAGACCAAGACCAAGUCAUCAGGCUACCCCUACUCAGGAUCAGGCUCCCCUCUCUUCUACUACAUGUAGAAGAAGUCCCAGAAGAAGUCCCAGAAGAGGGAGUACCAACAGUCCCAACGGGAGACCCAGUCGAAGAACACGACAAGCUCCUCCCCGUAGAUCCAAUACCAGUCCUACUCGAGGCGGACGAAGUCCCACACGACAAUCACAGCAACAGCAGCAGCAAAGAGGACUUCCCAGACGUUCUCAUACCAGUCCCACCCGGUCUCCUACCUCGUUCACUGCUGCCACUGCCAGUGCUAGUACUAAUGCGGGAAGUCGAAGCCCGGCCAAUUCCACGGGAAGUCAUGACAGAAGAAGGACAAGGAGGAAAACUACAUAUACUACUACUAGUAGAACCAGACCGGCUUCCUUGACUACCGGUACGGAGGAAACGUCUUCUUCUUCGGAAGAAUUCAAUAUUCUAGAUGUGGUCGAAAAACGACAGAGGGCCAGUGUCCAAGAAGCAGCACGAGAGGGAAUCCGAAGAAUUCCACUGCGAGAAUCCAGGGCAGCGGCGGCGGCUGCGGCGGCGGCAGCGGCAUCCUCUCGACGAGAUUCCAACCAUUCACGGCGGCAAUCCACCACAACAACACAAUCCACCACCACAAGACGAGCUAGUCAGACAAACAGAAACAAGUCCAAUGAUCAGCAUCAAGCAUCAUCGACAUCGACAUCGACAUCCACUUACGACCCGUUUCUGGAAAAACAGCAACCUCCCACAGACAUCUCAUCAUCGAGUGUGCCACGGGUAGCCAUUGGCAUUCGAUCGGCGGGAACAGUGUCAUCCUCCACUAAUACCUCGUCCUCCGUAAACCCUGCCAAAGACACUACCACCACCAAAGAUGCAGGAACUACCAAUGAUAAUAAGUACGACGACACCAACAAGGACUCGACGACGACUACGACUCCAGGAGCAGUCGCCGUCAAACCCAAUCCACAAAUCGAACGAUCACGCCUCAGUCGAGGACGGUCCGACCCCGAGUCUGUGCCACUGCCCAUUGUCAAACUCGUUACACAACAAACGUCUCAAGAAGUCAUGCCUGUUCAACGAGCGCGGCCGGUAUGGAACAAUAAUAGCACUAUUACUAUAGAGGAUCAAACACCACCGGAACCAACCGACACUUGCAAAGACGUCUCGUUUCACGAUGAAGAACUGGGGCAUGACAACACCAAUUCCACUACGAACGAUCCACCUCUCUUGGAUGACAGCCAACAAACAACAAUCAACAAUAACAAUAAUGCUGUCGUCGUGGACGGUGCACCCGCCUUGCCCAUGACCAAUCUACAACGAGGAUCGGCACGAUCCUUGGCAAGACCGGGUGCGUACUUUUUUCCGGGAUUGGGGCGUGUCAUUAGUCGAGCCGGUAGUAGUCUGCGAUCCAUCAGUCACAACAACAAUGCUAACAAUACUGACAUGAGUGGAGAAUUGUCGGCCGUCGUCGUCAACGAUCAAGUUCGAACAUCCGUCAUGGAAUUUCACUAUCCGCAACAGCAGGACCAACAACAACAACAAAAACGAGAUCGACAAAUACGCAUUGGGUUGCUCGUGGCCGGUGUGUUUGUGGUGGUCAUUGUACUCAUUGUGGUACUGGCCGUGGCAAUGCCCAACAGCGACAAUAACAGUGACAAUAAUAGCCCAGAAGACACUGCCACCGACUCUACCUCUACGCCAACGACACUGGCUCCUACCCCCACCCCGCCCGUGCAAGAACGCAUGAUUGCACUGUUUCCCGACUCGACACUAUUGCAACUGGACAAUCCCUACACACCCCAGUCCAAGGCAUGGAAUUGGCUCUUGUCGGAUACCACCAAGAACUUGCCCCAAUACUCGGAUCAACGAUUGCUCCAACGAUUCGCCAUGGCAACCUUGUUCUACGCCACGGGUGGCAUUGAUUGGGACCAGCGAGAUGGAUGGCUCAGUUAUCGCACACACGAAUGUCUCUGGUGGAGUUGGGGAUCCUUUGAUGAUGGCAGUGACGGGGUGGAAUUUGUGCAAGUUACCAAGCAGAACGAGGGGAAUCCCUGUGAAGAAAAUGCCACUUUACUGGAGAAUGAUAUUUUGCAGGAUGGAAUCAUGCAACACAUUUGGUUGCGGCAAAACAACUUGGAGGGGACGCUGCCAUUGGAAAUCUACUACGGACUACCACAAAUUCGCAGCAUCAAUGUGGAUGGGAAUUCCUUGAGUGGCAAGCUGGACGAUUCCAUGGCACGCUUCUGGACCAAUCUCGAAGUCAUGAGUGCCUCCACGAACCAACUCUCCGGGUCCGUUCCACAGAAUCUAGAGGCGCUGACCAAACUGACGGCGUUCAUGCUCCCGUACAACCAACUUUCGGGAAUGAUACCGGCAUCGUUAGGGGUGGCCACAGAUUUGAAGUAUCUCAUGCUCGACCACAACCAAGAUAUUUCGGGGACGAUACCUCCAGAGAUCGGAAAUCUUUCCAAGUUGAACUUCUUGUACUUGAGCUUUACGUCGAUCACUGGCACGAUCCCCACAGAGGUCGGGUUGAUGACGGAUUUGCUUCACUUGGAUCCCAAGUUCUGCCAGCUCUCCGGGACGCUUCCGACUGAGAUUGGUGGCAUGGCAUCUCUAGAAUGGCCCACCUUGCAGGGAAACCAACUCACAGGACCUAUUCCAACCGAGCUAGGGCUAUGUUCUUCAAUCUUUGCGAUCGAGCUUGAAGGGAACAUGCUUGAAGGGGGCAUCCCGUCCCAGCUGGGGAUGCUGGAUGGUUUGAUUCUCUUGGAUCUUGAGCAGAACGAAUUGACAGGCGCAGUGCCUGUGGAGAUUGGGCGCUUGGCAGAGAUUGGUUCGUUGACUCACAUCUAUUUGCGAAACAACAGCCUGACGGGGACGGUGCCUUCAGAUCUUUGCACCCUAGAAGUCAACGAGUUUGACUGCAACGACAGCCUCUGUGGUUGCAAUUGUGAAUGUGGCACUUAA